UGUUUACAUGGCGGAGCGAGGCUGGCGAGGCUCCGGGAAAAGUAAAUUCUUCGUGAUUCAGUAUGAGUUAGUUGACAGCUGAUUCUAAGAAUGGGAAACUGUUAAGGAACGUGAAAAGUACCUGAUAACUAUAAGAGGCACUCGGUAGUAAUGGUGAUAGUAAAGGUUUUGACGUACAAAGACAAAGGCAAUUGUUUUCAUGGUUCCUUUGCUUAUCUUUAUCAGGAAGGAGAUAAUGAUAGAAUGGGCGGAUAUUUGACCGUCUCUUCAAGGCAGGACCUAUUAUCUCUAGAGAAGAACAGGGCUUAAAAGUUCUUGAAAAUUUAUUUAGCAGUUGUCCGUGUGCUCGAAGUGGCGGUGUCAUAGGCAGAUGCAACAUAGAACUUAAAGAAUGGAGGACCACUGGACAGCAAUUGUAGUAACCUGUUCUACUGCUAUAAUAAGGGAAGGCCUGGAGAAAGAAUGCAACCGUCUAGCAAAGGUGGGGAUGUUACCCAGCCAUGAACUCCUCAUGGUUGUGGAUGACCCGCAGUGGGAGAAGAUAUCCGAGGAAGGAAGUGCAAGUAAAACAUGUCGGUUAGAGCAAGGAGUUGGUAGUGGUGGAGCGACCAUCAAUGCACUCCUUGUGGCAGUGGAGAGGCUGUCAGCUAAGAGAAAUCACACUACGAUCAGCAGUGAAUUAGUUUACAACAGCCGCAUUUUGGUGGUUCACCAUGGCCGAAACUUGGCACACUCCCCAGGUGGCUCUCCCUUCUUGUAUGUUCCUCCUGACUUAGCCUGUGUCUCUGAGAGUGCCAUGGCAACACCCCCAACACUGCUUCAGCAUGUUAUUUGGAUGGCAACAAAAGUCGGAAGGAAGAGCAACACAGGAGUUUGGGUGACCUCACUUGAUGCAUUCAUUCCAAAUUCACCACAAGUUGAGGCUCCUGAUACUGAUGGUGUUAAUGGUGCUGUUGUAUGCACCAUCAAGACACCCUUACAACAAGCGACUCACCAUGGCACUGUCAUUACUGAUGAAAGAAAGAAUAUUUUAAGGAUGGAGUACAAAAUGCCAUGGGACAGAAUGAAGGAAGUAUUUACUAAGGAUGAAGCACCUGUCAUCUCAGGCCUUGUGUUUCUUAGUGCAUCUUUGACAGAGCAGUUGCUGGGGUUACACACACUCCCUCCUCUUGAUAGAUGCACAUACUAUGGAACAGAUAGUGGAAUUCCACCAUUACAGGUUUCAUUAUACUUUGACUUGUUACUGCCAUUAUGUAGUGGUGUGGAGGAGGAAGAGUACCUGUCAGGUCGGUGUGGAGCCGUGUACGCUCAGGUUGCCAAGUAUAAUAUCACAGCAGUACAGGAGUUACACACUGCCAGGCUCCAGAUAUGGAAACAAUUGCAAGGAUUGAAGGCAGAGUUCCAUUCUCUAGAAGGCACCAGACAUCAUUAUUUGGCAUCGCAUUUAACAUAUGAAUCGAUUAUAUUGCCAUUACUUUCUUCAAGUUGUAUGGGCAGUAGACAAGAACCAACUAGUGGUGCAGUGAAAACAAUCAAUGCUUACAUUGAGGGAAGUGUGAAAUCAACAGGCAAAGAUCUUUUCAUUGUGGACUCGUGGAUUGGCAAAGAUGUUGCUUUAGAGUUUUCUGGCUUGAGUACUGUGUCUGGCUUCCAACUGUCAGGUGCAAAAUUACAGCUUCAACUUGCUGGUGACUGUGUGUGGCAGAUGCAUCAUACAAGUAUACAAGAUGUUAUAACUUGUUAUGGAAUUAAAGACCAGUUAAGCCUGCAUUACCAAGAGAAGGAAGCAAGCAUAUUCAACACAGAUUGGCCAGUAUUCAUGGAAAGGACAGGAUUAAGUCCAGACAUACUGUGGCCAAACCAGGCCAGUCACACCCAAACAUUCUUGACAGCUAAGUUGUUUUCAAAUAAUAUUUCAAAAGAGGAACAAAUUCAGAAUUUGGCCAUCCUGGUAAGAACACUUACAAAUGAUGUAUCCAUGAAUGAAUGGAAAUCUAGGGUUGAAAAAUGGAAAGCAAGCUCCAGGUUUUCGCUUCUUGAUGCUAUAGAAAGCAACAUAAUGCAUAAACUCAUCCAGCAACAUGAGGAUAUUUAUCUUAAAAUUGCUGAACAAAUUAUAGAAGCCACGUCAAGUGAAUUAGGUGGAAAAUCUCUCCUUCCUAUGUUUGAGUAUGUAGCAGCAAGAGGACAGACUUCAGUUAACAAGAUCAUGAUGGUACUGCAUCAGCAACUGAGUCAUGAGCGUCCUACUACUCCACGACUGCUAGCCAACAUUGCAGAUCUUUUAGGAUGCAUGGCUGCUGGUGAUGGAGGGUUGAGAAGUGGGCCUGCUGCUAACCCUCAGUGGAGGAAUGCCCUUCAGCAGCUGAAAACUUCAGUUAACAAGAUCAUGAUGGUACUGCAUCAGCAACUGAGUCAUGAGCGUCCUACUACUCCACGACUGCUAGCCAACAUUGCAGAUCUUUUAGGAUGCAUGGCUGCUGGUGAUGGAGGGUUGAGAAGUGGGCCUGCUGCUAACCCUCAGUGGAGGAAUGCCCUUCAGCAGCUGAAAUCAGGGAACCAGAGCAGAGCAAUGGAAUUGAUGUUUGACACCUGCAAAUUGUGGAUGCAAUCAGGUCAUCCUGAAGACUUAAUUAGAGCUGCUCGACAUUAUGAACGAGCUUCACAGAUUGUCAUUAGUCACUUGGUGGAGACAGCAGAGAUGCAUGUAUCACCAAUGUGGGUAGCACAGGAGUUUCGUCGGCAAGUCCCUAUUGGUGUGUGGGUAGAGGCACUUUCCCCUGCUAGGAUUGACCUGGCUGGAGGCUGGACAGAUACACCACCCAUUUGCUAUGAGCAAGGGGGUGCUGUGCUCAACAUUGCUAUCAAGAUUAACAAGAAGAAACCAAUUGGUGCCCGUGUCCGGUUCAUACCCGAACCCCACAUUGUGUGUGUUCUCCGUGACUGGUCAGGUGGUGAUGUACGCUUGACUUGGAGCCAGUUAGAGCAACUUGGUGAUUAUGAUAACCCUGUGGCUCCAGGUGCUCUUGUAAAAGUUGUCCUGCUCUACUGCCGUUUGGUGGAUCUUCAUAGUGAGGAUACUUUGAUGUCACAGUUGACUGAACGAAUUUUGAAGGGUUCAGUAAAGGCUAUUAACAAGAAGAAACCAAUUGGUGCCCGUGUCCGGUUCAUACCCGAACCCCACAUUGUGUGUGUUCUCCGUGACUGGUCAGGUGGUGAUGUACGCUUGACUUGGAGCCAGUUAGAGCAACUUGGUGAUUAUGAUAACCCUGUGGCUCCAGGUGCUCUUGUAAAAGUUGUCCUGCUCUACUGCCGUUUGGUGGAUCUCCAUAGUGAGGAUACUUUGAUGUCACAGUUGACUGAACGUUAUAAUGCAGGUGUGGAGGUUGAAGUGUGGUCACAGCUGCCUCAGGGAUCAGGUCUGGGAGGAAGCAGUCUCCUUGCCGGAACUCUAGUAUCAGCAAUGGCUGUGCUGUUGGGCCAUCCACCUCCAUCCCACUCUCACCUCGUGCAUGCAACCCUUACUAUUGAGCAGAGACUAACCACAGGAGGAGGAUGGCAAGAUCAGGUGGGAGGAUUAGUGGGUGGAGCUAAAUUGGGAGUCAGUAAUGUCGGGACACCAGUGACUGUAAAUAUGUACAAGAUCCCUCUUCAGGCAGAGAUGCUGGAAUUCCUUAACAACCAUCUACUACUUUUGUACACAGGCAAGGUCCGGCUUGCUAGAAACUUACUGCAAACUGUCAUUCGCAACUGGUAUGCACGGGACUCGACUAUCAUUGAGUGCUUCUCCAAACUUCAACAGUUAGCCAUCAGUGCAGCUGCAGCAGUGUUGGAAGGGGACAGAAAGGAAUUAGGGCACUGUAUUGAUAAAUACUGGAGCCUCAAGAAGAUGGUUGCUUCUGGUUGUGAGCCUGGCAAGGUAAAGAAACUGAUGUCAUCCCUGAGGAGCCACUGUCUAGGAAUGUCUUUAGCUGGUGCUGGAGGAGGAGGCUACCUGUAUGCCCUGAAGUCCCUCUCAGACCCCCUCCCAAGUGACGUGGUCCCGGGGGAGCUGAGCAUUGACACAGUCGAGGUUGAUCAGGAAGGGCUAGAGCUGUGGGUUGGCGGAGAACCUCUCCAGACCCCAGAUAAUGAAGAGAUUCUAACUGCUGAAAAGUUGAGGAGUCUACAGUAAGAGAUUCUGUGGAUGUAAGUUCAAAGGAGAUGUGAGUGUUGGUUUGACUCGUGUAAAGUCAUUGGUGAUACUAAGUAUGAACAUGGGUGAGUUUGUAAAUGUAUUUUUUUGUGAAAAAGAUGUUAUGUAAUGUGAUUUGAAAGAAAUAUAAAAUCAUUGGUGGUGCUAAAUAUCAAAUAAUAAUGUGUGAUGAUUUUGUUAGUGCAAUUUUUAUGAAAUGGUGUAUAAUUCUUUGCUUUACAGAAUUUUAUUGUAGUAUAUUUUGUGGCAACUUUUUAUACUUGAAUAAUUGAAGAAUUGAAUACAAUAUGAAUUAUUGAUACUAUUUUUCUUAAUUGUGACAAAGUAUUUUUCCACAAUUUUCCAUGAAGGAAGAAGUACUUGCAUUAUAAUAUGUAAAGUAGAUAUUGUGUGGUACUGUGGUGGUUAAUAAACUAAAGACUGAAAAAGUUAUCCUAAGUGCAUCUGUUCACCUUAGUCAUAUAUAAAUAUAUAUAUAUUUUUUUCAUUUGAACUAGUGUCUUUCAAUUUGAGUGUGUAUUGAAUUUUGCUAUUAGGAUAAUGAUGGUUGUUAAAUUGAGGCAUUAAUAAAUUAUUAUAAACAUUA